AGGCCCCUAGUCUUCACGGGACUUCCUCCCUGUGGCCCCUGCCACCCUGGCCCGUGCCCAGGUCUCAGAGGCCCCAGGCGCGGGUCACAGCCUCAGGCAGAGUGGCUGGUGUAACCCAGGCAGCCAUGUCAGAGCUGGCUGACAGCAGCCCCUCAGGGCCAUCGGGGCUUUCCCAGCCGAUUGCCGUCACCCUGGAAGACCUGGGGCUCCUGGCUGGAGGCCUGGCCAGCCCCGAGCCCGUGAGCCUGGAAGAGCUCUCGGAGAGGUACGAGCCCAGCCCCCCAACAUCCACGGCCUCUGUCCCCGAGCAGGACACCACCAAGCGCUGGAGCCAGCUGGAGCAGUGGGUGGUCGAGCUGCAGGCCGAGGUGGCCCAUCUGCGGGAGCACAAGCAGCGCUGUGAGCGCGCCACGCGGAGCCUGCUGGGCGCCCUGCUGCAGGCGUGGGCUCGCCUGGAGCUGCAGGGCUCGGAGCUGAGGCAGCUGCGGCAGGAGGUGUGGCCGGCGGCCCAGGCCCCCGAGAAGGAGGCACUGGAGUUCUCUGGCCUGCAGACCCAGAUGCAGGCCCUGGACAAAAGGCUGGUGGAGGUCCGGGAAGCCCUGAGCCAGCUCAGGAGGAGACAGGCACAGCUGGAGGCGGAGCGGAAGGGCGCCGAGCAGGAGGCCGGCCUCAGGCUGGCCAAGCUGACCGACUUGCUGAGGCAGGAGGAGGAGGGCCGGGAGGUGGCCUGCGGUGCCCUGCGGAAGGACCAGGAGGACAGCAGCCGGAGGGUGGACCUGGAGGUGGCCAGGAUGGAGGCCCAGGUGACCAGGCUCGGCGAGGAGGUGAGUCUGCGCUUCCUGAAGAGGGAGGCGAAGCUGUGCAGCUUCCUGCAGAAGAGCUUCCUGGCCCUCGAGAAGAGAAUGAAGGCCUCGGAGAGCUCGAGGCUGAGGCUGGAGGGCAGCCUGCGGGGCGAGCUGGAGAGCCGGUGGGAGAAGCUUCGGGGACUGAUGGAGGAGCACCUGUGGGCCCUGCAAGGGCAUCAUGAGGAGAGCCACCUCCUGGAGCAGUGCCAGGGCCUGGAUGCGGCUGUGGCCCAGCUCACCAAGUUCGUGCAGCAGAACCAAGCGUCGCUGAACCGUGUCCUGCUGGCCGAGGAGAAGGCCUGGGACGCCAAGGGGCGCUUGGAGGAGAGCCAGGCCGGGGAGCUGGCCGCCUAUGUGCAGGAGAAUCUGGAGGCCAUGCAGCUGGCCGGGGAACAGGCCCAGCAGGAGAUGCACGGCGAGCUGGCACUGCUCCAAGAGAAGAGCCAGGCUCUGGAGGCAUCAGUGGUGCAGCUGGCCGGGCAGGUAAAGGAACUGAGUGGCCGCCUCCCAGCCCUGAGCAGCCGGCUCGACCUCCAGGAGCAGAUGCUGGGCCUCAGGCUGUCCAAGGCAAAGACCGAAUGGGAAGGUGCAGAGAGGAAGUCCCUGGAGGACCUGGCCAGAUGGCAGAAGGAGGUGGCCGUGCACCUUCAGGGAGUGCAGGAGAAGCUGGACGGCCUCCCCCAGAAGAUAGAGGGCGUCUCAGACAAGUGCCUGCUUCACAAGAGCGACUCAGACCUCAGGAUUUCUGCCGAAGGCAAGGCCAGGGAGUUCGAGGUGGGGGCCCUGCGGCAGGAGCUGGCCACACUGCUGUCAUCUGUGCAGCUGCUGAAGGAAGACAGCCCUGGGCGGAAGAUCGCGGAGAUGCAGGGCAAGCUGGCCACGUUUCAGAACCAAAUAAUGAAGCUGGAAAACUGCGUCCAGGCCAACAAGACCAUCCAGAACCUCAAGUUCAACAGCGAGGCCCGGCUGCGCACGCAGGAGAUGGCUGCCCUGCGGGAGACCAUGCUUCGGCUGUGGAGUGAGGAGGGCCCUCAGGUGCCACUGGGCAGCCGCAAGGCGUUCCCGUCCCUGGCAAGGCAGCGGGUCUUCAUCAAGGACGUAGCACCCGGCGAGGUGGCACCUGUGAACUGCUGGGGCGUGUACCAGGCCAUGAGGUGGCUGCAGUGGAAGGUGUCUCUCACAAAGCUCCGGUCCCGUCAGAGGCCAGGAGGGUCAGAGAAGCCCCACAGCCGGGAGCAGGGGCAGCAGCUCUCACCCUCGCACUUAAUGCAGAAGUAAAAGUGCUGGCCUUGUUCUCGUUA